AAUGAAGCUCCUCAGUCCUCCUCAGCUGAGGUAAUCCACCCCGUGGACCAGACCGACGCUUGCUACGCCUCACCACUGACCACCGGUGCGAUCCCACGACCGCAGGACAAGUUGUCUCCUCUGCGAGGUGAUAGCGCUGCCGGCGAUCGAGCCAUUGUUGGUCGGCUGGAUCGUCGCGCCGUGCACUACAUCAUCUGGACCACGGACGCCAUUUGCCCUCCCCCAUUUGCCCUUCCGUUCUUAUCCCUUCAUCUAUAUACAUUUUCUCGACAGGAGGGUCUGGUUGCGUUCGAGGCGGGUGCCGAUGAUACUUUACAAUCCCAAUUCGUACGAGCCCUCGUCAGUAUCGGAGGCGUGAUACUGGGCACAUUGGGUAUCGCCGCAGCCCUCAGAUUUGUUACUCGACGUCUGUGA